GCACCCGCCUGCCGGGCCCGCGCCUGAGGCUGGGUGUGAGGAGCGGCCGAGCGCGCCGCGGGCGGAUGGAGACGCCUCCUCGCCGUGCCUGAGCCGGUGCACCGAAGGGGCCGCGGGGCCGCGCUCUCCCCGCCAGCGCCGCAGCAUGGUUGACUAUAUUGUGGAGUAUGACUAUGAUGCUAUACAUGAUGACGAAUUAACUAUCCGAGUUGGGGAAAUCAUCAGAAAUGUGAAAAAACUACAGGAAGAAGGAUGGCUAGAAGGAGAAUUAAAUGGGAGAAGAGGGAUGUUCCCUGACAAUUUUGUUAAGGAAAUUAAGCGAGAGACAGAACCCAAGGAUGACAAUUUGCCCAUCAAACGGGAAAGGCAUGGAAAUGUCGCGAGUCUUGUACAGCGAAUCAGCACUUAUGGACUUCCAGCUGGAGGAAUUCAGCCACAUCCACAAACCAAACCUAUUAAGAAGAAGACAAAAAAGCGUCAGUGUAAAGUCCUUUAUGAGUACCUUCCACAAAAUGAGGACGAACUGGCAUUGGCAGUAGGGGACGUCAUCGAUAUCAACGAAGAGGUAGAAGAAGGCUGGUGGAGUGGAACCCUCAACAAUAAAUCGGGACUGUUUCCCUCAAACUUUGUGAAAGAGUUAGAGCUCACAGAUGAUGGUGACGCUCAUGACAGCCAGGAGGACUCAGAAAUAGCUUUGACUGGCCCUACCUCACCUUUACCGUCUCCGGGGAAUGGGAGUGAAACUGCUCCUGGAUCAGUUACACAGCCAAAGAAAAUCCGAGGAAUUGGAUUUGGAGAUAUUUUUAAAGAAGGCUCUGUAAAACUUAGGACAAGAACAUCCAGUAGUGAAGCCGAAGAGAAAAAACCAGAAAAGCCCUUACUACUACAGUCACUGGGAUCUAGAACCCAGAAUGUGGAGCUGACAAAAACAGACAUUGAUGGCAAGAUUAAAGCUAAGGAAUAUUGUAGAACAUUAUUUGCCUAUGAAGGAACCAAUGAAGAUGAACUUACUUUUAAAGAAGGGGACGUAAUCCAUUUGAUAAGUAAGGAGACUGGAGAAGCGGGCUGGUGGAAGGGUGAACUUAACGGUAAAGAAGGAGUGUUUCCAGAUAACUUUGCUGUUCUGAUAAAUGAACUAGAUAAAGACUUUCCAAAACCAAAGAAACCACCUCCUCCUGCGAAGGGUCCAGCUCCAAAGCCUGACUUAUUAGCUGCAGAGAAGAAAGUUUUUCCUCUAAAGGCUGAAGAAAAAGAUGAGAAAUCCCUGCUGGAACAGAAACCUUCUAAACCAGCUGCUCCUCAAGUCCCACCUAAAAAGCCCACUCCACCUACCAAAGCCAAUAAUUUAUUGAGGUCUCCUGCAACAGUGUACCCAAAGCGACCAGAAAAGCCAGUUCCGCCUCCACCUCCAGCAGCCAAAAUUAAUGGAGAAGUUUCUACAAUUUCUUCAAAGAUUGAAACUGAGCCAGUUUCAAAACCAAAGCUAGACCCAGAACAAUUGCCAGUUAGGCCAAAAUCAGUAGACUUUGAUGCCUUUGUAGCCAGGAACGCAAAAGAAACAGAUACUGUAAAUUUUGAUGACAUAGCUUCCUCAGAGAACUUGUUACAUCUCACUGCAAAUAGACCCAAGAUGCCUGGAAGAAGGUUGCCUGGCCGCUUCAAUGGUGGGCAUUCUCCAACCCAGAGCCCAGAAAAAACCUUGAAGCUACCAAAAGAAGAAGAUAGUGGCAACCUAAAGCCAUCAGAGUUUAAAAAGGAUGCAAACUACUCUUCAAAGCCAUCUCUUUCAGCACCUUCAAGUGCUUCUAAAGUAAAUACAGCCUCUUUCACAACUCCAUCAGAACUCAAAGCUAAAGUAGAAGCAGAUGAUGGUAAAAGAAGUUCCCUGGAUGAGCUUAGAGCCCAGAUUCUUGAAUUGUUGUGUAUUGUAGAUGCACUGAAAAGGGAUCAUGGGAAAGAACUGGAAAAGCUACGCAAAGAAUUAGAAGAAGAGAAGGCCAUGCGGAGUAACCUAGAGGCGGAAAUAGCAAAGCUGAAGAAAGCUGUUCUAUCUUCUUGAGUGGUGUCGGCCCAGUGUUCUUCAUGCUCGGGGUUGGAAGCAGCACUGUGACCCUAGCUGGCUUGUUAAAGACAGCAGAUGUGCUCUUGUGAUGAGGG